UGAGAGACGAAAAUAAAUAAAUCGGAGGAGAACCCAAAAAAAAUCCUUCUGUAGCAUAAUCUGAUUUUUGUAUUUUUGAUCAGAGAGAGGGUUUAGGUCGUGGAGAUCGUGCGGCGGAUGGCGAAGACGGGGGUGUUUGAAUCAGAUCCGACGGCGAUGGCGAAGGCGAAGGAGCUGAAGAAGGAGAUGCAGAAACUGGUGAGGAGCAUUCUCGAGGAAGAAGGAGACGACAAUUUAGGGGUUCAGGCAUUCGAUCAGUUGCAGGAGGCUUUGUUGGCGCUGAAGGAGAUGACGGUGAGGAAGAAGAAGAUGGGCAAUUCUUCCUCUCUCGAGAUGUUCGAAACGAUGUCGUGUCCUGAUGAGUUCCGUUGCCCUCUCUCCAACGAGCUCAUGCGGGAUCCCGUCGUUUUGGCCUCCGGUCAGACAUUCGACAGACCAUCCAUUCAGAAAUGGCUGAGCUCCGGGAACAAGACGUGUCCUAAGACUCAACAAGUUCUGUCUCACACAGCUUUAACCCCGAAUGUCCUAAUCCGAGAAUUGAUCUCGAAAUGGUGCAAGAAAGUGGGACUAGAGCCAUCAAAUCUUGUUCAUCCCCACCUUGUCGAGGAAGAAGAACCUGUUCUCCCGAAGUCGGAUCUCGAAAUUUUUCAAUCCUUGCUCGCCAAGAUCUCGUCUCCAAACCUCUCCGAUCAAAAAUCGGCAGCCAAGGAGCUAAGGCUGCUGACGAAGCGUGGACCAGAGUUCCGAGCGCUCUUCGGCGAUUCUCCGUCCGAAAUCACUCGCUUGGUUGGUCCGUUGAAGGGUUCAAGCUCUAACGUAGAUGAGCAGCUUCAAGAGGAUGUGAUCACGACGUUACUGAACAUUUCCAUACAUGACAGCAACAAGAAGCUUGUUUGCGAAAACCCUAAUGUGAUCCCUCUGCUGUUGGAUUCGCUGAGGCGUGGAACUAUCGCUACAAGGAGCAAUGCGGCUGCAGCGAUCUUCACACUGUCUGCCCUUGAUUCAAACAAAACCAUGAUAGGAAAAUCUGGAGCCCUGAAGCCGUUGAUCGAUCUCUUAGAAGAAGGGCAUCCACUGGCUAUCAAAGACGUGGCAGCGGCAAUCUUCACGCUAUGUAUCGCCCAUGACAACAGGGCAAGGGCCGUGAGGGAUGGAGCCGUUAGGGUUAUGAAUAAUAAGAUCUCGGAUGGGUUGUACGUGGAUGAGCUUUUGGUGAUCCUGGCCAUGCUGGUGAGCCACUGGAAGGCGGUGGACGAAUUGGGUGAGCUCGGGGCCGUGUCUUGGCUUCUCAAGAUUAUCCGGGAGAGCGAGUGCGAGAGGAACAAGGAGAACGCUGUAGCGAUACUGCACACUAUAUGUUUCAGCGACAGGACGAAGUGGAAGGAGAUAAGGGAGGCGGAGAAAGCUCAUGGGGCGAUGGCGAAACUUGCGCGGGAAGGAACCUCUAGGGCUCAGAGGAAGGCUAGUGGGAUCCUGGACAGACUGAGAAGGGCCGUGAACCUCACUCACACCGCCUGAGAAAGGAAUGCCCUUUGCCGAGACCCUAAAAUCCGCAGUGUAAAUUCUCUCGAUCCUGCUCUUGCUAUGUUUUUUCGGGUUGUCCGGUCUUUAGAACUGCCAAAAAAAGAAGUUUUGUAAAUUCUCAUAUCGUUUAGGAUCUGAAUGAUUGGAUCUGUUAUAUGAGCUUGAGAGGAAACCCUUUGUGAAUAUUUUCGGUAAUAAAAGGCCUCUGUUGGUAAUAAUAUCCUCUGGUGAGCUUACAUGAGGCA